CCCCCUAGUAAAGAGGAGGGAAGAAAAAAUGUCAGUAACAGUAGUUCUUGGAGGGCAAUGGGGAGACGAGGGAAAAGGAAAACUGGUUGACCUCUUGGCUGAAAAAGUAGACUAUGUCUGCCGCUGUCAGGGCGGCAAUAAUGCUGGGCACACAGUUAUAGCUGGUGGGACUGCGUACGAUUUCCACUUAUUACCAAGUGGUAUAAUUAACGAGACUUGUACGUCUGUCAUGGGUAAUGGUAUGGUCAUUCAUCUUCCCGGCCUAUUUGAUGAGAUUCAAAAGAACGUGGCUAAAGGUUUAAAAGGUUGGGAGGAGAGACUAAAGGUAUCAGAUAGAGCACACAUUGUUUUUGACUUUCAUCAAAAGAUCGAUCAAUUGAUAGAGAAGGAGAAAGCCAUUGGGACAACUAAGAAAGGGAUAGGACCAACGUAUGCUGCAAAGAGUACAAGAUCAGGUCUAAGGAUCUGUGAUUUGUUUACUGAGCCAGCUGUUCUAAGAGAAAAGCUAGAGAAUCUGCUAUCAGGAUAUUUUAUAAGAUUUCCAACUCUCGAAGUUAACAUUGAUGAGGAAAUAAAGAAGUGUGAGGAGUAUAAAGAGAAGUUACGCCCACUGGUCUGUGAUACAAUCCAGCUGGUAAACAAAGCAGUGAGUGACGGUAAGAGUGUACUAGUCGAAGGAGCCAAUGCAGUAAUGCUGGACAUUGAUUUUGGCACAUAUCCUUAUGUAACCUCUUCAAACUGUACUGCUGGUGUAGUCUGUACCGGACUAGGUAUUCCCCCAAGGCGUAUUGAUAGAGUCUAUGGAGUUUUCAAAGCCUACACUACACGAGUGGGGGGAGGAGCUUUUCCCACAGAACAGAAAAAUGAGAUUGGUGAUAAGAUACAAUCGAUCGGGAAGGAAAGGGGCGUGACUACUGGUCGCAAGAGGAGGUGUGGCUGGUUCGACGUGAUGGUGGCAAAAUACAGCAACACCAUCAAUGGAUAUGAAAGCAUUGCUCUUACUAAAAUUGAUAUAUUUGACACGUUUAAAGAGCUUAAAAUAGGCGUGGCUUAUAAUCUAGAUGGGAAGAAAUUGGAUUCUAUGCCAGCUGAACAGAGUCAGUUAGAACGUGUUGAAGUUGACUAUGUUACAUUACCUGGCUGGGCACCAGAGGUAACAGCAGGUGUUACUAAUUAUGACCAAUUGCCUAUAAACGCACGAAACUACAUUGAAAAAAUUGAAGAACUGAUUGAAGUUAAAGUUGAGUGGGUGGGUACUGGCCCUAAUAGAGAGCACAUCAUACAUCGAUCAUAAAACCUUUAGAGUCUCAUUAUCAGUAUUUAUUAGUUUUUAUCUUUUCGUAGCUACGAGAUUGCAGAGUAUAAAAUGUCUAUUGUAUUAAUUAUUAUUGCUUGUAGAUUUAAUUACGGGUUUAACAAAGAACAACAACAACAACAAUAAUAAUAAUUAUAAUUAUAAUUAAUAAUUAUAUAGGAUUAAAUAUGAAACGACA